AUGGAUCCCCAAGAGGUAGAACUGGGAGAGCCAUUCACCCAAAUCAAAGGUGCUGAAAAUGUCUGGAACAAAGCAGGACAAGCCGCAGGAGAGGAUUGUAUAUCUCUGGAGAACAUGAGCAACAGCAGCUAUGGUGGCCAGGCCGUGAACCUGCAUCCCAUUUCAUUUGGCCGCAUGCUGGAAGGAGGAGAAGGAGAUGUUCAACCUCCCCAGUCUUCAGGGGAAGGAGAAAAACACCUUAUAUUGCUGAAGACAGUGCAGUUAAGAAUGGAAGAUGAGGUCAAGCAAGGCGGUCAUACCUAUCUCCAGGACGGGCUGCAAGCCCUGCUCUCCCAAGAGGCGAGCCUCUUGCAACCCGUAGAAACCAUGCCACAGGGUGUAGGCAUCCAAGAGAAACCCGAGGAAGGCUUAACAGUCAAUUUUCUGGAAAGCAUUUAUACAAUCCACGAAAUGGAGGCCACGCCUGUGAACCGUCUGAAAGAGGCACCAGAGUCCAACGAAGAUGAAAGAUCUACCGAGAAGACCCCGGACAUCCUCUGGAUUAAGAUUGAUAGAAGUAAAGAUCUAAUUGCAGAUGAAGGUAAGGAUCAGGGGCUGGCUGCAGCUGAAGAGGGAAGAAUAAACAAUCCCCUCGUGGUUCAAGCGGCAAAGUGUCUGGGUGCUCGGAUUAAAAGUGGCUCCUUAUUGUUGCCAGCGUCAGAAAAUAAAGACCCAGGCGAUGAAGGAAACGCGCUGCAUCGGUGCGAUUUCUGCGGGUUCACCUCUGUCAGCGCGUCUAGCCUUAACCGUCACAUGAAAAAACAUUCGGAUGAAAAACCCCACAUGUGCCACAUCUGUCGGAAGGCCUUCCGCACCGUCUCCUUGCUGCGUAACCAUGUGAACACACACACAGGGACCAAACCAUACAAGUGCAGCGAGUGUGAAAUGGCCUUUGUGACCAGUGGGGAGCUUUCGCGCCACAGGCGUUACAAGCAUACUCUUGAGAAGCCCUUUAAGUGUUCAUACUGUAAUUAUUGUAGUGUAGAGGCAAGCAAGUUGAAGCGCCACAUCCGUUCGCACACCGGGGAGCGUCCUUACAGCUGUUCUUUGUGUGCCUACGCUAGCAGAGACACCUACAAGCUGAAAAGGCAUAUGGUUACUCACUCAGGUGAAAAGCCCUUUGAGUGUGCGAUUUGUAAGGCCAGGUUCACGCAGGCUGGAACUCUGAAGUUCCAUAUUUUACACAAACAUGGGGAAAAUGUACCGAAAUACCAGUGUCCGCACUGCAGUACUUCUGUCGCCAGGAAGGGUGAUUUAAGUAUCCACUUGAGAAAUCUCCAUUCCUACGUCGAAGUGCCCCUCAAGUGCAACUACUGUGACUCCUCCUUCCACGAGCGUUACGCCUUCAGACAGCACAAGAAGAUACACAGAAACGAGAAGAGAUUCAAAUGCGAUCAGUGCAAUUAUGCAUGCAAACAGGAACGCCACCUGGUUAUGCACAAGCGGACGCAUACCGGAGAGAAGCCCUUUGUUUGCGUGGCUUGCAGCAAACGCUUUCGGCAGAAGCAACUACUCACCGUUCACUUCAAGAAAUACCACGACUCCACUUUUAAGCCGAAAGUCUACAAUUGCCCGAAAUGUGGCAAGGGCUAUUCACGCUGGAAUAAUAUGCGUAAGCAUGCUGAAAAAUGUGGGAACGCAAGAGCGGUUCAACCCAGCAAAGGAAGCAAAUGCCAAACGAACGACUGCCGGAGAUCAAGCCACAAUGCCAAACAAGAAGGUAACAACAGAGCUGAUCUCGGGGUGGGACUGGAGAUGGAAAGGGCGGUUUGUGUGUAUAGCCUAGUUGGACCAGCUGCUUGUGUGAAUUCUCAACACUACACCAUGUAUAGUAUUCCGGUUGCAACCUGGGAGAAGGAAGAGGUUCUAUUGGAAGAUGAGAAAUCAGGAGUUACUUGUGAGAUGAUCUUCAACUUGAUGGAUAAGUAA